GUGCAACCACCCUCACACCUGCUCCAUUCUUCUUUCCUUAGCUAGCACCAUGGCUGAUCAGCUGACUGAAGAACAGAUUGCAGAAUUCAAGGAAUUUUUCCCCCUAUAUGAUAAAGAUGGUGAUGGCACCAUCACCACAAAGGAACUGGAGACUGUCUUGUUAUUACUGGAUCAGAACCAAACAGAAGCUGAACUGCAGGAUAUGUUCAAGGAAGUGGAUGCUGACAGGAAUGGCACCAUUGACUUCCUAGAGUACUUGUCUAUGAUGGCUAGAGAAAUGAAAGACACAGAUAGCCAAGAAGAAAUCCGUGAGGCAUUCCGAGACUUUGACAAGGAUGGAAAUGUUUACAUCAGUGCAGCAGAACUGUCCCAAGUGUUGAUAAACUUAGUAGUGAACCUAACAGAUGAAGAAGUUAAUGAAAUGACCAGAGAAGCAGAUAGUUAUUGGGAUGGACAAGUCAACUAUGAAGAAUUCAUACAGAUGAUGACUACAAAAUGAAGACCAACUUUCAACUACUUUUCCCCCUCUAGAAGAA